ACUAUUCAAAAUCCUUAACUUUAAUUUCCCUGUGACAGGAAAAGAAAAAAAGGCGCAGAGUUUUGAUUUAGUCGACGAAGACUUGGACUUUGCGGUGGGUGGGUGGGUGGCCCAAACUAACGCAGAUCUCCGCUAAAGAAAACCCCUUUCACACUCUGCUUUCUGUGCUGUCGAAACUUUCCUGGACUCUUCCUGCAAGUUGACUCCACACAAUGAUCCAUAUCUUCAACUUUCACGGAAAUGGAGUACGGAUGACAUAACCCAAAACAAAGAAGACAAAUCGGCUGGUCGUCGAGCCUGUAAAAUAGAAAAAAAGAGUGUUCUGUUCAUGCAAAUAUAUCAGAAGUUUGUGUGCAGCAAUCAGACUAGUCUACCGACAUAGCUGCAAAUUAUCAGGAUGGUAUUUCUUGAACUUAAACCCAUACAAGACGACUCACAUCGGGUCAACCACUACAAGGUCAAUGCUUGUGAGCCAUUCACUACAAUGUCAGGUGUGAAAGGGCUUGAAAUGAAGGGUAGGCCAUGGACCAAAAACCAGCACACAAAACUCUUUUCCUAGUUUGCUUCUUCCCUUCCACCACAUCUUUUCCCUUCCUUCCAGUAAGUCAAAGUUCCUACACACUCUAUGGCGGGUGUGGGGUACUUUUCAUGAUUAUGAAUCCAUGUUUACAGUUUCAGAACUAACCCUAUAAGUUCUGGGAAAUAAUAUUUUAAUUGUUCAUCCACAGAUUCAGAACAAUUUUCCUUGUCAAAGUUAGCCUAAUUUUGUUUCACAAGAUGUGUUCUGGAACUUUGGGGCCAUUUCUGGUAUUUUCAUUCCACUUAUACUUCAUCUUCUCCAGUACUAUCACUCUUCUGAAUGCUGCUAAAGCUUCUGGAGUCAAUGGAAAUGAGACAGACCAGCAGGCUUUGCUUCAUUUCAGGUCCAUGAUAUCAACCGAUCCACUCGGUGCUAUGAGCUCGUGGAACGAUUCCUCCGAUUUCUGCCGGUGGAAUGGUGUUACCUGCAGCACAAGGCACCAGAGAGUUACGGUACUCGACCUGCGAUCGAUGCAGCUCUCGGGCCCCAUUUCGCCGCAUGUUGGCAAUCUCAGCUUCCUGAGAGAGCUCUACCUUUCCAAUAACAGCUUCACCAGAGAGAUUCCUCCCCAACUCGGCCGUCUCCACAGGCUCGAGAGGCUGUAUCUCCUCAACAACUCCUUCACGGGCGAAAUCCCGGCUGAGCUAUCUAGCUGCUCCAAUCUUGUAAUGUUCAAUGCAGCCAACAACCAGCUGACAGGGGAAAUACCUUGGGAGAUCGGAUCGUUGAACAAUCUCCAGAACUUUGUAGUAAGCUUCAACAGUAUGAGAGGAAACAUCCCUGCUUCAUUUGGGAACAUGUCGUCUCUCAGGGUACUCUCCGCAAGCAACAAUUUCUUGAGUGGCAAGUUACCUGCCACUCUAGGCCAAUUGAAGAACCUCUCCAUUUUGUACCUUCCCAUGAACGGUUUCUCCGGUGAAAUCCCUUCAUCAAUCUUCAAUCUCUCCUCUCUCACCAACGUGUACUUCGGAUUCAACCAAUUGAAUGGAAGUCUUCCGCCGGACAUGGGAAUCUCGCUCCCGAAUCUCCAGAGCUUCGACGUUGCUCUCAAUUACUUGUCUGGCACGGUACCUGCUUCGUUCUCCAAUGCCUCAAACCUCGAGCAGCUCCAGCUGCAGGGGAAUGACUUCAGAGGUGGAAUGCCUAGCUUGGGGAGAUCUCCAAACCUUUUUCGCUUGAUCAUCAGCAAUAACUCUUUAGGCAAUGCCGGUGGAGAAGGUGAUUUGAGCUUCAUUUCUUCUCUUUCCAAUGCCACCAAUUUCCAGGCCUUGAUCAUGGACCACAACAACUUUAGUGGUCCAUUACCGGUCGAUAUUGGGAACUUGUCAGCACUGCAGAUUCUCUACAUCAGCGAGAAUAAACUAUCUGGGGAACUACCAAUGGAGAUACAGAAUCUUAACAACUUGCAGAGGCUUGUGGCGUUUGACAACAAUUUCUCAGGUACCAUUCCAUCCACCAUUGGAAAGCUUCAGAAUCUAGAGGAGUUGGAUUUGAGUAACAACAGUUUCACAGGAAACGUGCCAUCAUCGAUUGGAAACUUAACCGAAUUACUCGAACUGAAACUAGCAAGGAAUAAUCUCCAGGGAGAGAUUCCUUCUAGGAUUGGUAACUGCACAAAGUUGAUUACUUUGGAUCUUUCUCGUAACAAUUUCAGUGGUUUGAUUCCUACACAAGUCAUGGGUCUAGUUUCUCUGUCAGUUUUCUUGAACUUGUCUCAUAAUGAUCUGACCGGUUCGAUCCCCGUUGAAGUGGGGAAUCUGCAGAACAUGGGUGGUUUGGAUCUCUCUCAUAAUGGUUUGUCAGGAAGCAUACCUAGCAGUCUUGGUAGCUGUGUGAGAUUGGAGUCGGUUAACUUGCAAGGAAAUCAAUUGCAGGGAGCCAUUCCUUCUUCCCUAAGUUCACUGAGAGGUAUCCAACGAUUGGAUAUCUCAAGUAACAACUUAUCGGGCCAGAUUCCUGAGUUUUUCGAAGGCAUGAACUUGCUGCAGAUUUUAAAUCUCUCUCACAAUAGUUUUGAGGGUGAAUUGUCAGUGAAUGGAGUUCUGAAAAACGACAGCAUAGUUUCAGUUAUUGGUAACAGCAAACUCUGUGGUGGUGUGGCUGAAUUCAAUCUCCCACCUUGUAGUUUCAGUCGCCAAAGUAAAGCAUUGAGUCAUAGGUUGAAGAUUGUUAUAUCAACAAUCUGCAGCCUGCUUGUUUUGACAUUCAUGGGUUCUUGCUUGCUCAUCUUUUGGAUAAAAAGGAGAGGAAAGCAAGAUAGAGUCAUGACCGACGACUUGCAAGUGAAGUUAUCUUACCAAAGGCUCCACAAAGCCACGGAUGGCUUUUCGACGGCGAAUCUGGUUGGUGUGGGAAGCUUUGGCUCUGUGUACAAGGGAGUUCUUGAUGACAAGAACGGAGCCACCAUUGCUGUGAAAGUAUUCAACCUCGAACGAAGAGGAGCUUCCAAGAGCUUCAAGGUGGAAUGUGAAGCCCUGAAGAACAUCAGGCACAGAAAUCUGGUGAGGAUAGUGACGGUUUGUUCGAGUGUUGAUCAUGGAGGAAAUGAUUUCAAGGCUCUCGUCUAUGAGUUCUUGGCUAAUGGCAGCUUGGAAGAGUGGUUGCAUCCAGUUCGUAGUAUCGAUGGCCAGACAAAGAGCCUUAACUUCCUCCAAAGGCUGAGUGUUGCAGUUGAUGUGGCGUCUGCAGUUGAUUAUCUUCAUCACCAAUAUGGAACGCCGAUUGUUCACUGUGAUCUCAAGCCGAGUAACGUGCUGCUCGACGAGGACAUGGGAGGCCGGGUAGGUGAUUUUGGGUUGGCAAAAUUCCUUCAGUUUACUACUGCAGAUACUUCUUCAACUGGCCAGGGAUCAAGCACCCUUGGCAUAAAGGGAACUGUUGGUUAUGCUCCUCCUGAAUAUGGUAUGGGAAAUGAAGUUUCGAUACAAGGUGAUGUGUACAGCUACGGGAUCCUCCUGCUUGAGAUGUUUACCGGAAGAAGGCCAACCGAAGAGAGUUUUAAAGAAGGCGCGAACCUUCAUGGUUUCGUCAAGCAUGCCUUAUUCGAAGGGUCGACAACUGAAGUUGUCGAUCCGGCUCUGCUGAACGAGUUACUUCUUGAUCAAGCGACCCAUUGCAGCGCCAGCAGCAGCAUUAGCAGCUCGGAGGAAACCAGCAGCAGCAACAACCUGAUACCUGAGGAGUCUCUUAUCUCCAUUCUCAAAAUCGGUGUCACUUGUUCUUCAGAUUCGCCACAUGAGAGGAUUAGUAUGAGUGAAGUAUUAGCAAGGCUUGUUUCUGUAAGGAAGUUUCUUCUUAUGGAACCUUCUCAACUGCAGAAAGCAGGUGAAUAACUUGCUAGUAUUAGUUACGUGCUUCAUCUGUCGGUAUAUUUUUUUUUAGCCAAGGCCGUUCAUAUCCUACAAAAAACCUUGGUACGAUCGUACCCUUACACCAACCAAUAUAUAAAUCAAAUGUACAACCACCCAAUAUUUCCAACAGCACUAGACAUGGCUCUAAAAGUUGAGAUUAGAAGCCGAGAAACAAUCAAACCACUUCCUUCCAUUUGCUUAUGGCUAAUAUGGUAACGUAAUGAUUUCGAUAUACUUUAGAUGUCUCAAAGUCGGUUUUAGUAUCCAAACUGAUAUUUGUAGGUGUGCUUUGUGACCAAAUAAGUAACUUACCCGAGUCUAGUCAACAAUUUGCAAACCCAACAGCCAACGUGGCGAUUUCAUGCUGAUUGGGAUCAUAGUCUCUGCAAAUAACUGACAAAAAGGAAAGUCAAUUUAAAUUAUGAUUAAGAAAAUUAAGCACAACUGUUUUCAUGAUAGGGUUAGAAAUUUCAUCGUCAUGAUGAAUUAUGAGCUUUAGGUAGAAAUGGAGUUCAACUUAUUAACAUCUCUUUGUAUUUAUGCGUAGAUAUUCAAAUGCAACUUGCUUAAGCUAAAUUAUUAAUUCUGGCGGUGGAGACUUUGGAGGACUGCUGUCCCAAAUCUCCAGAUAAUUAACAAUUAAGUCGUUCCAUACUCAUUUCCAAGUUGAUUCCACUCCUAAUGACUGCACAUAAUUGGAAAGUAAAUUACUAAUAGAUUCCUACCUAAUAUCAUUAACCAUGCUGUUGAAUUGAUACCUGUACUUGAUUCAACCCUAAACAGAACAGAAGAACUAAUCUGUCUUGAAUCGAACCAGGUUUCAUAACGGCGUGAAACUGGUUCUCUGAUACUCUAACACAACCUCUGUUACGGGUUACAUUCGGUAUGUUUUAGUACAAACACCCGGUUCGAUUCAUGUUCGAGCCUAGAUCAUUUAACAACUCUAAUGACAAAGAUGUGUAUGUCACUAAAAUAAAUGCUGACACAGGUC